AUGAAAAACUUUUUUUUGAAUGUCUUUGAGCAGCCUAAAAAGGAAAAGUCAAAGACCCGUCUAGAGGAAGUAUUUGAACGCAAGCUUGAGAAAGAAAUUUAGUAGCACUAGCAGGCAAAGGUCUGCUUUACUGAGCCAGAUAAGCACGAUAUGAAUUCAUAAGGGAGCAAGAUUACAAGGAAGACUUCAAAUCACAACCAGCACUACCACAACUAGGAUGAUGACUAGCCAGUAGUAAAGCUUCUAAAUCCCUUGGCUUCUCGAGGACCUGGGGGAGUUCCAUUAAGCGUGGCUGAGCAGGCUCGGUAGAGGGAUCUCUUGCUCUAGGAGGGGGCCUUUAGGAGACUAAUAAUCGAUGAAAAUUUGCAGUAUCAAUUCGAGCAGAGACUGGAUGAGAUUGAGCGAUUACAAAAAACUCAGAAUUAUGCUUUAUACGAGAAAGAUUAUGAGAUUUUUGACAAGAGCAAAAUGCAACACAAGAUCGUAUUUGAUGCAAUUGAUCAUCUCUAAGCUACUAAGUAGAUUCAAAAAGAGUUAGAUUCAAGAAAAUAGGACUAUAAAACCUACAUUAAAUCCCAGAUCAACAGACAAAAGCCACUGUAUACUGAGGAAAACUAUCAUAUAAUUUACGAAGAAGCAGCUAAUCUGAAAUCCCAGCUUGAUGAGGUAUCAGAAGAGCUGAGUGAACUGCAAGGAAGGUACUUCUAACUAGAGAGUCUGAGCAAAAGUCAAGGCUUAGAGAUUGACUACCUGAGGGAAUAGCUAACUAAAACAACUGCUGAUUAUGAGCAAAACACUAGAUUGGCAAGAUCUUUCAAGACUAAGUUAACCCUGGCCCGCAGGCAAAAUGAAGAGCUUACCCAAAUGAAGAAUCAAGAGAUAUACAAGUAUUUUAAUGACUCAGAGUUACAAUAAUCAAAGAUAGAGCAGCUUAAUCAGCAGAUUGAAAACUUGAUGUAGUAAAACGUGGAAUAGGAAAAACUAAAUCAGAAACUCACUAACCAGAUCGAAGAACAUAAAAUGAAAAAGAGACUUAAGAGACGGAAGCUAAGGGAACUUGAAGAGAUGUAAAUCGAUAUUGAUCAGAAGAUGUGCAGAACUUUGCAUUUCCUGCUGAAGGGCAAAGCAAUCAUGAAGCUAACUACUGAGUUCCUGACAUUCAGGGAGUACAGCGACCUUGGAGCAAUCAACAAGAGAUUCUACAGAGACCUGAGGGGGUCAAUUGGUGCCAAGUCUUGCAUGCACUAUAUCAAAAUAAGGCAUAUUGACCAGUAGCCUCAGUAUACAAUCCAAUAUAAAUAUAAUGUAGGAGGAGGUUCAAUCGCUCAGAAGCUGAAUCCUAACAUGCUAAGUCCAAUGGUAGGCAAUUAGAUGCUCUGUGAAAAUGAUAUCUCAUUUAAUUCAAAUCGAAGUGGAGGAUAAGGCAGAAUGCAUAAUUACUCUAUUGCAAGUAGUGCAGGUAUGAUGGGAAAUACUAUGGACAUUAUGCAAUACGCAAAUAAUGUCUCUCAAACAGAACUUUAAAAAUUGUAGAAUGAUGAGAGAGUAAAAUACUGUAUCUCAAAAUACAUUAACGAGGAUCAUAAAGUAGCUCUCCAAUGUGAAGCUACUAUACAGAGAGCAUCCUCUCUAUUAAUAAGCUAUGCCUAAGCUGUUUUUACGGAGGAUGAGAUCAUUUAAAUGAAGAAAUAAUCAGCUUUAGAAGAUUCUUAUGAUACUUCUUUUGAUGUGCCUCAUCAGUAAUCAGAAGCCACUUAAGUGGUAAAAUCUUCAAUAAAACAAUCAUUUGGUUCAAUCAUGAACAUUUUUGGAUCUAACAAUAACAACAAUAGUUCUAGUUAAAAUAGAGGAACAGUCACUUCUAAAAAACAAAAUUAACCACAAAUUAACUCAUCACACAUCAUUACUACUUCAAAUAUGUAUGGAAAAGAUGUAAACAGCUCGAUGUUUUAGGCUGACUAAACCACUCAACCAUAGAAUUCUACUAUUUUAGAGAAUUAAAUAAGAUAGGGAUUUUUCUUGCAUUUUAAAAACUCUGAAGAUGUCUAUAAAUACUUAGUCAAAGUUGGAACUGUGCUCAUUGUUGAAAAAGAUAAAAUCACUUAACUUUUUAAGCGAAUCCAGCACUCUUACUCAGAGUUAUUCUAUCACGGUCGCAUCUUAUAUCGAGAAUGCAAGGAUUUAGAGCUACUUAAAGACUAUUUUAAGAUGAGGUUGUCUUAUUUGAAGUAAAAACUUAAUGUUACAGAGAAGGAGAAAGAUGAAUUAGAAAAAAGCAUAAAAAAGGAGAGAGAGAAAAAAGAAGAAUUCUUUAAGAAAUCUAAUAUGAUGGAAAAAAGGUGCCUUGAAGCAUAAGCUGAGCUAGUCUCACAUAGAUAGAAAAGUUACAAGUUUGAUGAUCAAAAUAAAAGAUUAGAGAAAAAAUUAAGAGAUCUUGAAAAUGAGUAUUAAGAGAAUAGAGAGAGGCUAGAAGGAGAGAACCUUGCAUUAAGGCAGAUGUAUGAGAAAAUGGCAUCAUAAAAAGAUUAGCUACAAAGGGCUUUAUCAUAAUAUGAGAAGUUCUUAAUUAGCACAUUGGCCAAGUCUAUGAAUUGA